CAUGUUGUAUAAUUCAUUGUUUGAUUUAGUGUGCGAUCGGGCUAACUAUGCGUCUCUAACCCAAGCAUUUUUCAUGUUUGGUUAUGUGGUGUCAGGACUUAUUGUAUCACAUUAUUUAGACAAAUACGGUCGACGACCCAUGGUGUUAAUGUGCUAUGCCAUUGAAAUAUUGGGCAUUAUUUCAUGUGCUUUCUCCUAUAACAUAUAUCAAUAUCUAAUCUCACGAUUUCUGGUCGGAUUGGGCCAUUCUGGCCUUGUGCUCGAGUGCUGUGGCCCUAAAUAUCGUUUAGAUAUAACACUAUUGACUGGUGUUGGUUGGGUAUUAGGCUAUGUAUUAUUACCUCCUUUUGCAUAUUGGUUACCAGACUUUCGAUACAUGCAAUUUAUAUCAGCUCUACCAAUGAUAGCGAUGUUAAUCUGGUUUUAUUAUCUUUAUGAGUCUCCGCGAUGGCAGUUAGCUAAUAGACAGGUAGACAGGGCUGAGGUCACCAUUAGAAAGGCAUUGCUAAUGAAUGGCAAAUCUGUUGACAACUUAAGGGAGCAAAUGAUACAAUUGGCUAAUAAUCUGCAAACAACGCAAAAAGCGAUCCAAAACGAGAAAGGUCAUAGUGCGCUAGAUUUGCUCAAAACACCAAACAUGAGAAAAUACACCUUGAUCAUAUGGUACGGAUGGGUAGUAAAUGCUUUGAUUUACUAUGGCAUUAGUUUCAAUAUGGGUGACUUUGGGGGCAAUUUCUAUCUAACUUUCCUAUUGGCGGGUUUGAUGGAACUUCCGGCACAGCUGUUAACCCCACUAUUCCUGCGAUAUAUCGGUCGACGAAAACUGUACGCAAUAUUCAUGAUAAUUACGGGCGCGUCGUGUGUGGCAGUGAUCGUCGCCGACCAGAGCUCAUGGCUGCGGGUGUUGUUAGCAUUGGUCGGCAAAUACGGUAUUACCAGCGCAUGGAAUGUGCUGUCAAUUCAUGGCUCGGAAAUCUAUCCGACAGUUGUCCGCAACACAGGACUCGGCGUCUCAUCAGUUGUCGCUCGCGUCGGCUCUAUUAGCGCACCCUUUAUGACAAAUCUGGCAUCUGUCACUAGUUUAGCAUUUGUGAUGAUAUUAUAUGGCACAUGUGAACAACUGUUGGCCAACUGUUGGUCACCGCUGAACAUCACCGCAAUGUUGCCGCACCGCAACCGCGCGAAUACUGGCCCUCUCGGUGUCAUAACAAUA